AUGGAGCAUGCCCUCUAUCUCUGCGACUUGAGCUUCUAUUCGUCGUCGAUGGUUGGAGACUCGCUGGUUGCCUCGGACAAGAUGGGGGCCGUUCACAUGGUGGCGCCUUGUAUGAACACAGUGAGCGUGGAUCACUUCAAGAAAGACAUCAAGUUCUAUCCUACCGACGACCUAUGCUUUACCACCACGGACAUGUUCAGGGGAAUACGGGUAUGGGACAGAUCCCGGGGAGAUGUAGUGUAUUCAUACAAGGAAGACAGCAUCAAGAUGCACACGUACAACAAGAUGGGAUGUUUGGCAGCAGUUGGAGAGGGAUGUGUGAAGCUGUAUGAUCUUAGGGUCCGGUACAACAUUGAUGCAGUGCCUCUAAAGAUGUGCAGAAAGGCUGAGUGGGGAGAUAACAGAGUGUACUGCAUCAAUGACGAAUGUGUGGCUGAAUACGACACCCGGAACAUGAGUAGCAUGGCAUGCGAAGAGAAGAGCGAAGUUCAACUGAAGAAGAAGGACAUCGGGGGAAUUCUGGACUUUGCUAGCAUUAGUAGAGGGGAGUUUUGUACUGUAAAGAGAGGCGGAACGACAUAUCUGGUGAGGAUGGACGGCCUGGAGGUGAUGGAAGGAACCAGGAGGACGUCUGUCGGAGAUAGGAUGAUAAAGAUUAAAGAUGCCUCUGAUGACUUUGUGAUUGGGGCAUUGGGCGGAAGUACAGUGGGGUUUUACGAGUACAAGGACACGUGGACAUACGAGCUUGAUGGAUUUGGGCAUGUUGAUUGGAUGUGCUUUGGAAGGAACGGGGUCUAUGUGUUUGCAGGCAGAAAGACCUAUUUCAUAGAGGGAGGAUAUGAGAGGUUCAAGGAACUUGCGAAGAGAGAUCCUGACGCUGCAGGGGAAUAG